CUCAUGCAAUUCUCGCCCACUCCACAUUUGCUUAACGCCUCUCUCUGAAACAUAUCCCCCAAACCCUGCCCGUCCGUCUCAAUUUCCCUCCGCCGUUAGGGUUCCGUCCACUUUUCCUCGUUUUUCUCGCACUUUCCAGCGCACUUUCCGGUCCUUCUCUCGUUUAUCUCCACCCUCUUGUUUCUCUUUCUUCAUCGCAUUCACGUUUUUUUUUUGUAACUUUCUUUGUAACUUUCUCAACCCUUUUAGAGAUCUGAUCUGUAUGGUGAGUUUCGUAUUCGGUGUUUAGAUUUGUUGGUUGUGUUUCUAUUCUUAGCUUUUGUGGGAUUUCUUCACAGAUUUCUCUUCUUCUGAGAGGUAGGUGUGGGGAUUAUUGCGAUCUGUAGGGGUGAGUUAGGGGUUCGUUCUGUCUACCCAGGUCUCUUCUGCUUCUUUUGAGGGGGUAGCCGGGGCCUCGGCCUCGGCGGGUUCUAAAGCCCCCACCUUUACAACAAUUCUUGAAAAUUUGAUUCUUUAAUUCUUCUUUUUCAUACCAAAAACAGAUCGGGGAAGAGAUGCCGGUCCUGGCGUGUAGCGUAGACGCCGCUGCCGCCGUGCCUCCUCUCGGCUAUGCCUUCGCUGGCUGGGAUAGCUCUCUUCCCGCGCCGGAGCCAUUCUCCGGCGUACCUCAGCCGACAAACACAACCAACGCUGCCUCCGCCACCAUUGAUCAAUCCCAUUGGUCACCGGCUCACUCUGCCGGACUCUACAAGGUUGACGGAUGGGGUGCGCCGUACUUCGCCGUUAACUCGUCCGGAAACAUUUCCAUCAGGCCGUACGGCACCGCCACCCUCUGUCACCAGGAGAUUGAUCUCCUGAAAGUUGUGAAAAAGGCUUCGGACCCGAAAUCCGUUGGCGGCCUCGGGUUGCAGCUUCCUCUCAUCGUUCGCUUCCCGGACGUGCUCAAGAACCGGCUUGAGUCGCUUCAGUCGGCUUUUGAUUUUGCGAUUCACUCGCAAGGGUAUGGUUCGCAUUACCAAGGUGUGUAUCCGGUGAAAUGCAAUCAGGACCGGUUCAUUGUGGAAGACAUAGUGAAAUUCGGGUCUCCUUUCCGGUUCGGGCUGGAGGCCGGCUCCAAACCGGAGCUCCUCCUGGCCAUGAGCUGCCUCUGCAAAGGUAACCCCGAGGCUCUUCUGGUCUGCAAUGGUUUCAAAGAUGCCGAGUACAUUUCGCUUGCUUUGGUUGCAAGGAAGCUCCUUUUGAACACAGUGAUUGUGCUUGAACAAGAGGAAGAGCUUGAUUUGGUGAUCGACCUGAGUCAAAAGCUAGGCGUUCGACCUCUCAUCGGUGUCAGAGCAAAGCUGAGAACCAAACAUUCCGGCCAUUUUGGAUCUACUUCUGGCGAGAAAGGGAAGUUCGGAUUAACAACCACCCAAAUUCUUCGAGUAGUGAACAAGCUCAAGCAAUCGGGAAUGCUAGAUUGUUUACAGUUGCUGCAUUUUCAUAUCGGAUCUCAGAUCCCUUCCACGGCCUUGCUCAGCGACGGUGUAGGCGAGGCUGCUCAGAUCUAUUGCGAAUUAGUCCGCCUCGGCGCCUCCAUGCGCUUCAUUGAUAUAGGCGGAGGCCUAGGAAUAGAUUAUGAUGGUUCGAAAUCAGCAAAUUCGGAUAUUUCUGUCAGCUAUGGACUCGACGAGUAUGCUGCCGCAGUUGUUCAGGCGGUCCGGUUCGUUUGCGACCGCAAGUCAGUCAAGCACCCUAUGAUUUGCAGCGAGAGUGGCCGAGCCAUCGUCUCUCAUCACUCAAUUUUGGUUUUUGAGGCUGCUUCUGCUAGCACAUACGAUGUGCCGCCGUUAUCUUCGGCGAGUCUCACGUAUUUGGUGGAAGGUCUCACAGAAGAUGCUUGUAACGACUACCAGAAUCUCUCUGCUGCGGCGAUUCGUGGUGAAUAUGAUACUUGUUUGCUCUAUGCUGAUCAGCUUAAGCAGAGAUGUGUAGAACAGUUCAAGGAAGGGUUAUUCGGUAUGGAACAACUUGCCGCCGUUGAUGGAUUAUGUGACAUGGUAUCCAAAGCAAUCGGAGCUUCCGAUCCAAUUCGUAAAUAUCAUGUGAAUUUAUCCGUUUUCACAUCCAUUCCUGAUUUUUGGGGCAUUGGUCAGCUGUUCCCAAUUGUUCCGAUUCACAGGCUCGAUCAGAAGCCCGGGGUGAGAGCUAUAUUGUCAGAUUUGACAUGUGAUAGUGAUGGGAAGAUCGACAGUUUUAUAGGCGGCGAGUCUAGCUUGCCGCUUCAUGAUAUGGAAGGCGACGGUAGUGGUGGUUGUGGACGGUACUAUUUGGGGAUGUUCUUGGGCGGGGCUUAUGAGGAGGCACUCGGAGGCCUUCACAAUCUGUUUGGUGGCCCAAGCGUGGUGCGCGUUUUGCAGAGUGACGGACCCCACAGCUUUGCGGUGACGCGUGCCGUGCCGGGGCCUUCGUGCAGUGAUGUGCUCCGGGUGAUGCAGCACGAGCCCGAGCUCAUGUUCCAGACACUCAAGCACCGUGUGGAGGAGUUGGUGCAGGACGAUGAUGGCGAUGGCUCAGCCCAGGCUUCUAUAGCCAACGGUCUUGCUCAAUCCUUCCACAACAUGCCUUAUCUUGUGGCUAGCUCUUCUUGCUGCUUGACCGCUGCUGCUGCUACCAACGGUAACAACGGUUAUUACUAUUGCAAGGAUGACAACAACUAUGUCACUUCUGUCGAAUCGUCCAAUUGUGAGGACGAGCAGUGGUCGUAUUGUUGUGCCUGAGUUGGUUGGUCUAGUCUUACUUUGCAUCCCCACCACAACCAUAUUUAGUGGUUGGUUCGUUUGUUUGUCGUUGAGGUCGUCUGUUUCUGUUCCUUUUCUUUUUCUUUUUUCUUCUGUGUUCUGUUUAAUUUUGUUCAUUUCUCUUUUUAUUUAGUAAUGGACAACAAUUAAGGACAAUUGCAUGGUAUAAAGUUUCCUUUUGGUAGAA